CCACACAAGGCCCCCGACGGCCAGGUCGGAGCCACGCGCAGGUCCCUGGACGACCUCUCGGCGCCGCCGCACCACCGCAGCAUCCCCAACGGCCUGCACGAUCCCUCGUCCACCUACAUCAGGCAGCUGGAGACCAAGGUGAAGCUGCUGGAGGGUGACAACAAGCUCCUCGCACAGCAGGCAGGCUCUGGAGAGUUCCGGACGCUGCGCAAAGGCUUCUCGCUGUACCACUCGGAGUCCCAGCUCUCGUCGCUGCCACCCUCGUACCAGGACCCCCUGCAGAACGGCCCGGCCUGCCCCGAGCUGCCCUCCCCGCCCCCGGCCGGCUACAGCUCCGCAGGACAGAAGCCCGAGGCCGUGGUGCACGCCAUGAAGGUCCUGGAGGUGCACGAGAACCUGGACCGGCAGCUCCAGGACAGCCGUGAGGAAGGCCUGAGUGAGAAGGAGAAGGCCGUCGUCCGCGAGAUGUGCAACGUGGUCUGGAGAAAACUGGGGGACGCCGCCAGCGCCAAGCCCUCCAUCCGGCAGCACCUGUCUGGGAACCAGUUCAAGGGGCCUUUGUAG